UAAAAUGAGUUGAAGGAGGAAACACCCAUACUAUUGCCCAGGCGAAAAAGUCUGUUCGGUUUGCUUGGCUGAAGUUGUUUCAGCAGCACCGUGUGUGUAUAUAUUUCGCUUCUACCUCGUGUGAAAUCAACAAAACUCAACUCGGAGCGCAAAUGGCUGCUUUAAUAUCGUUGUCACUUUGGUGUAUUUGGAUGUCUGUCUCGAUUCUACGUUCAGCGGCCUCUAACGACCCAAACCCCAUCACAGCUAAGCCUGGAGAGAACGUCACUCUGAAAUGUCAAGCUCCAAACAACAACAUCCUAGUUGUGGAGUGGAUGAAAGCUGACCUGAAGGAAGAAUAUGUCCUUUUGUACCGGGAUGGUCACUUAUAUCCUGAUGACCAGCUUUUAUCUUUUAAGAACCGGGUGGAUCUGCAGGACAGACAGAUGAAGGAUGGAGACGUGUCUCUGAUUCUGAAGAACGUGACGAUUAAUGACGCUGGAACAUACGAGUGUCGUGUUGUCAUGAAAGGAGCAAACCGCAGAACGAGAGCUAAUCUGGAUGGUGACCCCAGCUGCAGCAUCAGCCUGAGUGUUGUUGAUCCUUCAGGUCAGCCUGGAGGAGGCAGAGAGGAUGGAGGGAAGGAGGAUGGAGGGAAGGAGGAUGGAGGGAAGGAGGAUGGAGGGAAGGAGGCUGGAUUUUAUGCACUAGUAACUGGACUGCCAGUUACUGCUGUGCUGCUUUUUUUUGCCAUCACUGGUGGUAUAUUUAUCUACAGAAGAAAAGAAAAACAUCCAAACAAACUUAAGGAAUCUAACUCCUCAUCAAGUUCAUCUCUUGACUCACUUGUCACUAGUUAGUUGUCCUGAUUCACUGUUGUUUGUUAUCAGUGAUUUUUUUCCCAAGCUGGGAAUUUUAUUUUACAUGUCUUUUUCUGACACAUGCCACAAUCAUUAAGCUAGCCCAUGUGUGAUUAGCUGAGUUGUGUUUGGCAUGUUGGAUUCAAGGCAUGUCCCCCUCCUUGAAUUGCCACCUUAUCGUGGUGGAGGGGUUUGUGAGCUCAGACGAUCCUGGGAGCUGAGUUGUCUGGAGCGUUCAGCUCUUGGUAGGGUCUCCCAUGACAAACAGGUCCCAGGUGAUGAGCCAGACUAAGAGCAAUUCAGUAACAUUUAACCAUGAUUAAACUAGGCUUUCUGUAACGUUGUUUGUAUGCAUUUUGGUUGUAUAGACAGAUUAAAAUACACCCAUUUCUCUCA